CCAGUAGUUUCAUUGGUAGACACUUUAAGCUUGAAAACAGUGGUGUACCUAAUGCUCGUAAUACUAGAUUCACCACAGAGUUCCGUGCUGGGUUGGCGACCUUUGUUACUAUGGCUUAUAUUAUAUCGGUUAAUGCAAUAAUCCUUGUUGAUUCAGGUGGUCCAUGCGUUUGCAACUCCGGUGCCGGAGAUUUAUGUGUAAAUGAUUCUGAUUAUUUAGCUUGUCAAGAAAUAGUGAAGAAAGAUUUAAUUACUGCGACGGCUGCUGUUUCGUGCAUAGCAACCGCUAUUAUGGGAUUAUUUGCAAAUUUACCGUUAGCUCUUGCUCCAGGGAUGGGAAUGAAUGCCUACUUCACUUACACUGUAGUUGGCUUUCAUGGUUCGGGUAAAAUUGCGUAUGAAACUGCUAUUGCCGCCGUAUUUGUAGAAGGCCUUCUCUUUGUAUUUUUGUCUGUAUUUGGUCUUCGUCAAUUACUUGCAAGGCUUAUCCCCAUGUCUAUAAAAAUUGCAACUGGUGCCGGUGUUGGUUUCUUUAUCACCUUUAUUGGAUUACAAAGAAGUGCUGGUAUUGCCUUAAUAAGCCAUGAUCCUUCUACAAUAGUAACUCUUGGUGGCUGUCCUGAUCAAUAUUAUAAUAAAACUACUGGUAUUUGUACCGGUCAUAAUAUGGAAAGUCCAACUACUUGGGAUGAUGGUAAUGCUCGAUUUGAUUUCUUUAAAAAUGUCGUUGGUUUUCAUUCCAUAGAAAAGACACUAGGUGCGAUGCAUUUCAACCUUGGAAGCUCAGAUGUCUGGCUAGCCCUAAUAACAUUCCUAUAUGUUGAUAUACUGGACACUACUGGCACUCUUUUUUCAAUGGCAAAAUUUGGUGGCUUUCUAGAUGAAACUGGUGAUUUUGAAGGAUCUACAGCAGCAUUUAUAUGUGAUGCUUCUUCAAUUUCGAUUGGUGCUAUUUUUGGCACAUCUCCUGUUACUACAUUUAUUGAAUCUGGUUCUGGAAUUACUGAAGGUGGCCGAACUGGAAUUACUUCUCUUACUGUAGCAUUCUUCUUUUUUAUUUCGUUAUUCUUUGCUCCCAUUUUUGCUAGCAUACCUCCGUGGGCUUCUGGUCCUGCCUUAGUGAUUAUUGGUUCUAUGAUGGCAAAGGGUAUUAAAGAUAUUAAUUGGAAAUAUAUUGGUGAUUCUGUGCCUAGUUUCUUGACUAUUGUGAUUAUGCCAUUGACAUAUAACGUCGCUUAUGGUUUAAUCGCUGGUAUCGUUUCUUACAUGGUUAUUAAUACUCUUGCAUGGCUAAUAGAAAAAAUAUCAUUCGGACGUAUAACGCAUGACAAAUCAAAUAAAGAACCUUGGGGUGACUUUAUGAUUGGACCAGGUGGAGAAGGAUUAUUACCUAGUUGGAUUGUUCCCGUUGUAUAUAAGAUUCGUGGAGUGGAAAGAACUAUGGAAAUAAAAGAAUCUGUUGAAAUGAAAGAAACGAAGGAAAUAAGUAAUAUGAAUCGUGAUGUUGCUGUUGAUGUUGAUGGAAAGAAUGAAUAA